AUGCUGGAAGCCGCUGCGGGCGACCACAUCGCCCUCAUCCACCUGGAGAACGGCCACACGACGCUGCCGCAGAACCAGCCCAGGAAGCCGCAGAACCGCGGCACCAUCUUCCUCUACGGCACCAGCCAGCCCAAGGAGAACGAGCGCCUCUUUGACGUGCAUCUUGUCUGGAACAAGGCCGGCACGGGAGGCGACAAGCGCGGCGUCCUGCUGGGCACGCGGAGCUACGACGACGGCAAUUGCUACCAGCCCAACAACGGUGCUCUCAGCAUUGAGCGAGCCGCCAGACUGGCCCCUGAGGGUGCCGACCACAACACUGAGCUCGGCUGCCAGUCCACCAUCCAGCUGCCCAGCGACCUCAAAGCCGGCUCCGUCUACACAAUCUACUGGUACUGGGACUGGCCCGACCUGGACGCCACCAACAUCGACUUCCAGGCGACCACAAAUGGCCUGUACCCCUGGGCCGGCACAUUUAUGCGCGGCGAGAAGGACCCCCACGGCUUCACCAUGGCUGCCAUUUCCAAGAACGAGAGCUACGCCAGCACCAUCGAUAUCAAGAUUACAGGUGGCGGCUCGUCUUCGGCCAAGCACGCCAACAUCAACGGCGAGUUUAUCGAAAAGCAGAACAUCUACUCCAUGGCCAUCAAGGACCAGAUGGUUGGCAACUUCCAGGUCGACAUUGAUGCCAAUGGAGGAGCCAAAGGCGGCCCUGGCGCAACUCCCGUCACUUCCACUUCGGCUGCUCCUCACGAGGCGCACACCUCGGCUGCCAGGCAGGGAAUUGCCCAGCCAUCUGCCGCUCCAACUGGCAAUGCUCCCGAGCAGCCAUCAAAAGCCUCUGCUUCGAGCCCUGUUGUCUUUGUGACAACGACAAUCCACACUCAAGCUGCUGCGGCUUCGCACACGCACACGCCCUCGACCACAACCAUCACCUCGAUUACAACCUUGGCGGUGACUUCAACUCGCACCAGCGAUGCUCAGGUCGCUGCUCCAACCGUCAUCGUGUCAGUUACCAAGCAUGUGCCCGCAGCACGAGAUGGUGAGCCGACGCCGACCGCGUUGAACGACCGUCCAACUGUGACGCCGCUCAACCGACGCCGUAAUUGGGCCUUUGGCCAGCAUUGAGCAUCAGCCG